CGGUUUGCAAGGUUCGAAUUCGGUUCUCGUUUCGAAUUUGGUUCGUACUGCCACUCAGAGUGACCAGAACUACCGAUUUAUCUGUAUUCCUACCGAUUUUUGAUAAGCCUACCGAUUCACAGACGAGCAGCCUGAAACUACCGAUUUUUCAUGAGCCCUACCGAAAAUCACAGAUUUUUCUUAAUAUUUCUGAAGAAGUCAUAAAUGUCAUGAAUGAAGUCAACAGACAAUCAAAGAUUGCAUAUUUCUCCCGAGUUUUGGCUCCAUUUUCCCUACGAAUAUAACCUCCCCCGCUUCACACGAUUUAGCUGAAGAGAGCAUAUAAGCUGAACAGAAUUGGAAUAAUACCGACAACUAACCGAUAAACUUUUUGCUUUCCUACCGAUAGCGAGGAAAAUAAUCUGGUCACACUGACUGCCACUUCGGUAAACUUCGAUCGUGUUCGGCUUUCAAAAUGCGUUUGACAUUUACUGGGAGAGGAAAAAAAAACCUUCAAAACAAGGAAAGAAAAACCAGAAGGACGACGACGAAGCAGGGACAGAAAAGAAAGAAAAGUCAGCACUCCUCGUCAAGGGGGGGUGGGAGUUUUUCCUGCUGCAAUUUGGGGUGAUGAAAAUUUUCGUGAACCGACCGUGAACAGAAAGUGCAAUCCACAUCCACAUCAAUCCAUCCCUUUGGCGGCAAUUGUUUUUCAAAGCACGCAAACCGUUAAAUUUGCGCUCCAUCAACACUUUGCUGCUGCUGUUCGGGGGUUUUUUGGUUAGUUUAUUUACCUUUUGCAGCCUGUCCCUGACCAGGGGGCUGAUGCAUUCGGCAGGGGGUUUACCAGCUCCUGCGGGACACUGUGUGCGGAAAAGUUACAGCAAGCCAUAAAAUGCAACCGAACGGUUUGUUUUGAGCAAGAAAAAAGUGAACGUUUUCCUUGUUGGUGUUUUAUCAUUGCUGCGAGGGGUUGCUGUGUGUCUUGGUGGACGAGGUGAGCGGAGCAGGUGUUCUGCUUUGUGUCGUCCUUUACGCAGUGUUUUCAACCCCAUUACCUUGUGUUGCAUUUCCUAACCGGGGUAUGGAGACGCAAAGUGGAAAUGUACCUAUUGCAACAAUGCCAAGCUCAAUGGAAGAGAGAAACACGACGGAACAUAAAUUACCAAAAGCGAAUGAGUCGCAUCUAACACUGCAAGAAAGCUCCUCCGGCUUUAACGGCACCAAAGAACCGCUCAGAAAAUGUUUGAUGUGUUUGCUACCGUUCGAGGAGCUCAGUUCAAUCGGACCGGAAUCGGCAGAAGAGCUAAAGCGAAUAGUGGAUAAUAUUUAUAAGAUUGCCAAAAUAGAGGUUAAACCAGUGGAUGGAAAAAUUGAACCCCUGUGCAAUGGGUGUCGUGCAAAGUUGGGCUACGAUUAUGACGAGGAUGCCUACUUCGAUAUGUUAAGCCAAAUGUACAACAGUGAAGCACAGUGUAAACCACCUACAAUCACAAUGCACAACGGGAUACCGGUGCACGUGGCCGUACCGUGCGAUGCGAACCCGGACUCACCGACGUCGGGUCCCGGUGGACACUACAUUGAUGCCGCCUGUGGUACGUUCGUCGUAACCGAGCUUGGCGUAGAAGCGCUGAAUGCCGACAAGGAUGAGCUGGUGUGUGCCAUCUGUUCGAAAGCUUUCAAUUUUAAGUCCACGCUCCGGUUGCACAUCCGCAGCCAUCAUCAGACGGCACCGCGGGAUACGAUCGAGCUGCCAAAGCAUCCGCGCAAACCGCGCACGUACGAGUGCACCGAGUGUAACCUUAGCUUCAAGCUGAAGUACGACUUCGACAAGCACAUCGGAAGCCACAAGAAGCCAAGCAUGCACCAGUGCGAAGGUUGCUUCAAGCUGUUCAAACACAAAUCGUACUAUCUGAUGCACCGGAACUUGAAGCGCUGCAAGGCACAGUAUUCGAUCGAUCUGACCAAUCCGCUGGACACGUUUCUGAUGGCAGAUGUUCCGCAGGCCAUCGGUAUGGAAAUGGCACCAGUUACACCUUCCACCGGUCGGCGAAAGAAUGGUACGGCAAAAGAGCGUACGACGAGUGGUUCACCUUCGCUCGGUUCCGUUUCACCGUUCCCUUUACAGUGCACCCCGGAAUUGGGUUCCCUAACGGACUGUGGUGGCAUCAGGAAUGCCAGCUAAGGUAUUGUUUGUAGCGUAAGUAAGACUUCCCGGCACAUUCUGCGGCUUCUGCUGUAGGGAGGUGUAAAGCACGCAUCUGUAGGGUGCUUUGGCUUAUUGGCAAUGGAAGGCUGCCCGAUAUCGGUUCCUAGGAGGUAACUUAGCUCUGUAAUUGUACAUAGAUUAAGCGAAUUGGUGAUUGCAUUGCUUGCCAAUUUUCACAGUCUAUUGCGUGGAUAGGGGCACAGAAAAAUCAAUUCCCAAACCAAUAACGUUUUGUUCGGUGUCAUGUAACGUAACCUUUCCAAAGAAUUCAUCCUUGCUUUCGAUCGAUCGAUCAGCCAUACAAUAGUGAGGUGAAAAUAGCGAUCUUGUGUUAGUAGUUUAAGUUGUAAUUUUUGGAACCAAAUCAUUGUUGUACUCACCCAACAAUACGUAGGUUAGAUAUGUAUUUUAUUUGUUUUUAACCCACCGUAAAGUUUUUAGUUUUACUACAUUUUUUUUUAUUUGUUUCCCCUUUCACUUUUCGUUAAGUUUGUACGUUCUCUAUUUAUUUCUUAAUUUAUUCGAACGAAAGCAAUUCAUUUCGCUAGUCGCGUUUUUAUUUAACUGCUUUACCCUUUACCUUUAGUGUGUGCAGCAAAGACAGUGAACAGUACUUUUCUCCGGUCUGAUUAGGGGGAAACACCGGCUACUACUUCCCACAUCUUAGUGUCUACGUUUGAUACAACGUUUCUUGGUGUGUUUGAAUGUACGAAUGGGUGUUCACAGACGGUGGACAAUUUGGAGAAUUUGUCCCCAUUUGGUUAGGUCGUAAGGUAGGGAUAAAAAGCUGCGCGAAAGAUGUUCAUUAUUUAUGGCACACACACUGCGUCCAUAUCUAUGUCAGUCAGCUAAUUUUAUCAGACGUAGGGUGUAGGUUAAGAGUGCCAUUUUGGGAUACGCGAGCAUUAUUACAUCAAUUCUUUAUCGUCUUUUUAAUCGUAACAUGAAUUGAGUAAAUGCUGUGCAGCAUUAGGAACAGGAGAGAGCGAAACAGGAGUACGUAACUUAAGCCAUUUUGCCAUUUACUUCAGUCAGUUGUGUGAUAGCGGAAACAGUGUCAUCUUUGCUGUACCAUGUUUCUUCCUACAUUGGUAUGGUAAUAUGAAUUUUCUUACCAAAACAAAAAAAAAUGUUUCAAAUUUACUAAGAAACUUGUAUGAGUGUCCCCGAGACAUGAACAUGUGUCCGCAAAGCUGUGUGGCAAAGCAUUUUCCCACACACGAUCCGUGUGGGAAUUACAAUUGGAAUUUGCUCACCCUACGGUCCAUGUGGUUCGUGUUUUAUUGUGAUGAAGAUGGCAUAUACGAAGGAAUUUGCGAAUUAAGAUUAUAGAUGUAUAAAUGCUUGACCUCGAACGCGCACGGUAAGAAAGGGAAUCGAUUAUUUUAGAAACAACAAAACAAAAACCAAAUCGAAUUACAAAACCAAAAAAAAAGAACGGAAAAUUCUAAUUUAUAUGUUUCAAUAACCCUUUUUCACUGCUGCGUUCGGCACUGAAACUGAUGCGUAAAUUCUAGAUGAGAAAUAAACUAAGAAUGGAAGCUCGUACCAUAUUCAUUCAAAUGGUAAAAA